AUGAAGUACAUGAAGCUGGGGUCUAAGCCGGACACCUUCUACACCGAAGACGGCACCAGGUAUAGCAUGGAUUAUCUCCCUCUCUUUCUCUCUCUAAGAUCUGAGCUUGGGCAGGUCCGUCGAUUAUUGUAGAGCUUGACGAUCAUGCAGGUCCCUGUUAUCCGAUGUGCCCAGCGAUCUUCUCGUCCAGGUCAACGACACCAGAUACCGACUGCACAAGGUGAACUCCUCCGGCCAUCUAUCUCUUUCUAGAGCAGCAACGUCUUAUCCUGAUUUGGAUGUUGUUCUUGUUCUUCGGUGUUGCAGUUUCCACUUCUGCUCAAGUGCGGGCUCCUCCAGAGCCUCUGCGCCGACUCGGCGGAGGCGGCGCUGGCAGACCCACCGGGAGGAGAGGAGGGGUUCGAGCUCUGCGUCAAGUUCGCCUACGGCAUCGCCAUCAACCUGAGCGCCCACAACCUCGUCGCCGCCGUCUGCUCGGCGAGGUUCUUGAAGAUGACGGAGGCCGUCGCCAGGGGGAACCUGGUCAUGAAGCUCGAAGCCUUCUUCGAUUCCUGCGUCCUCCGCGGCUGGAAGGACUGCAUCGUCACCCUCAACACGGCCAGGAAGUUCGCCGUUUGGUCGGAGAGCCUCGGCAUCGUCCACCGCUGCAUCGAGUCCCUCGUCCACAAGAUCCUCACUCACCCCUCCAAGGUCAUCCCCUAGAGAGAGACAGAGAAGAGAGAGAGAGAGAGCCGUAGAUCUAACUCUUCUUCUUCUUGCUUGAUUGCUUGCUAGGUUUCGUGGUCCUACACUUACACCAGGCCAGGGUUCUCCGGGAGGGAGAGUAGAACAGUUCCGAGGGACUGGUGGACGGAGGACAUCUCAGAGCUCGACUUCGAGCACUUCCGGACAAUCAUCUCCGCCAUCCGCUCCACCAAGGAGAUCCCCCCUUCGCUGGUCGGGGAAGCUCUCCACGUCUACGCCUGCAAGCACCUCCUCCUCCCCGAUCCUGCAGCAACCUCCUCCUCCGAAGAGUCCCCGUCGCUCGCCGGGCGGCGCCGCCUGCUCGAGUCCCUCGUCGGCAUGAUACCCGCAGAUCACGGCUCCGUCUCGGGGAGGUUCCUCCUCCGGCUGCUCCGGGCUGCGGCGCUGCUCGGGGCCUCGUCGUCGACGACGGCGGAGCUCGUGAGCAGAUCCGGCCGGCAGCUCCACGAGGCGGCGCCGCCGGACCUGCUCUUCCCCUCCCCCUCCGACCCCAAGUCCUACAACCUCGACCUGGUGGAGCUCCUCCUCGAGAACUUCCUGCGGCAGCUCCGCUACUCCGACGGCGGCAGCGCCGCCACCGCCUCCGUGAAGAAGGUGGUGAAAACGAUCGAUGCCUACCUGCGGAUCGUCGCGGCGUCCGCCGGCACGCCGGCGGCGAAGUUCACCGCCCUCGCCGACGCCCUGCCGGAGAUCUCCCGUCCCGAACACGAUGAUCUGUACUGGGCCGUCGACACCUUCCUCAAGGUAAUAAAAAAAAACUCAAAGCUGCCUCAGAGCCUUAGCUCGUGACGGCCCAUUGAUGGGAAGAUGAACUCGGAACCGCUCGCAGGAACACGCGGAGCUGAGCAAGGAGGAGAAGAAGAAACUCUGCAGACUGAUAGACUGCCGGAACCUCUCCGCCGACGCUCGCUCCCACGCCGUUACCAACGACCGCCUGCCGCUGAGGACGAUCGUGCAGGUUCUCUUCGCAGAGCAGGAGAAGGCGGCGGGCGGCGGCGGCGGCGGCGGCGCCGGGAGUAGCCAUGGCAGCCCGCGCUCCGCCACCGCCGAGGACGGCUACUCGCAAGGCGGAGGCCAGUGGCAGAGGAAGAAGGCGUAG